AUGCAAGUAUCCAAAUUUGACAAAAAGGUGUCCGAAUUAGAGAACGGCCUAGAAAAACAAUCCGAAAAAGUUGAUAAUAAAUAUCUCGAUCUGGAAAGGAAAAUUAAUAAUCUUCAAUGCCAAGACGGACCGGUGCGAGUUAUUUCAGAAACAUCGAGUAGAAUAAAGGCUCCUAGUUUUGAUGGCACCACACCAUUUAAUGUGUUCAAGUUCCAGUUCGAUACGGUUGCCAUUAGAAACAUGUGGAAAGACGGAGAAAAAGCCAUCGAAUUGAUUUUGGCCUUAAAAGGAAAUGCAGCGGUAGUUCUUGAAAGCGUGCCAGUGAGCAACAGAAACUGUUAUGAUGACAUAAUGGAGGCGCUACAACGUAAGUACGGUGGCGAACAUAAAAAAGAAUUAUACCGAAUGGAAUUGCGUGGUAGAGUGCAGAAACCCAAUGAGACGCUACAAGAUUUUGCGUUGGAAAUCGAGCGUUUGCUACAGCUAACUUAUCCAGGGGAGAACAACCCAUUUUUGGACCAUAUCAAGAUAGAGGCAUUCGUCAAUGGCAUUCGCGAUCCUGAAAUAAAACAUGCGGUUUGUGCUACACCUAAACCAUCAUUUGCUGAAACAGUCUCAUUUGCACUGACGCAAGAAACGGCGAAAAUAAUUUCAAAGCCGCAAAUAUGCAAGGUGCGCAAUAUCGAGGUUAUGGCUGAAGACGAUAGAAAUAUAGUCGAUGAAUUAAAAAAGGUCUUGGAGGCGUUUAAUGAUAAGCAUAGCAAAGCCAGAGUAAAAUGUUAUAAUUGCGGUAAAUCUGGUCAUAUUCAACGAAACUGCAAAGCACCGAGAAAACGAACCAGAUCUGUUUCA